GGAAGAUUAGACCAGAGCCUCAUCAUCAUCUAAGCUUCUUCUCAGCGACGAACACUUAUCUAAUUACCUCGAUUAUUUAAUAUUAUUCAGGAUUUAAUAUAUAUAUCCCGCCCUACGAAAUCGGUUAUCCAAUACACACAACUAUCAAUAUGAAGUCAAUCCUCUUUCUUCUCCCGACAGCCGCAUCGGCCGCUCUUAUAUCGUCAACUCAAAACGACGUCAAGAAUGGCGGUGCAUGCAAGGCCAUGACCAUUCUCUUCGCCCGUGGUACCACUGAGAUCGGCAACAUGGGCACCGUCGCAGGUCCGCCUUUUGUCUCUGCCGUCGGCGCAAUGAUGGGUGGAAACGUAGCCGUUCAGGGUAUUGAAUACCCAGCAGAUGUACCUGGAUUUCUUGUUGGCGGUGACGCCGGUGGCAGCAAGUUGAUGGCGCAGAUGGUUGGACAAGUCAAGGCAAAGUGCCCUGACACGACACUGGUCAUGGCAGGAUACUCUCAGGGAGGUCAACUCGUUCACAAUGCAGCCGCCAUGCUUAGCGCUGACGACUCUGCCUUUGUCUCCAGCGCUGUCAUCUUCGGCGACCCAGACAACGGCCAGGCUGUUGGCAAAGUCGCUGCUGCAAACACAAAGGUUAUCUGUGCAACCGGCGAUCUUAUUUGCGCUGGUCAGGCUAUCAUUCUGCCGCCCCAUCUGUCGUAUGGAGCAAAUGCAAACGAGGCGGCCAAGUUCGUCACUAGCAAGAUGGCUGGCAAGGCUGCUGCACGAUCGGUCAAGGCGAGGAGCUUCACUGCAUAAACGGUUUUUGCGGCUGAGAUAUCUUUUCCUUGCUUGUGCUAUGUAUUUAGAUGUGCAUAAUACCCUGUUAUGAGUGCUCAGACGAGUGCGGGCCAGCUCGUCAUGUAUACAAAUGUAUUUCUUAGAUUCACGUCAUGUUAGAUAUCCAUGCACUCAUAGAUACAUCUCUUCGAAUUGAGAAGCGUGAUUAGAGGCAUCACUAGUAA